AAGACAAUGUCAUAAAUAGGAAACCCACGUUUUUAAAAGGACAUCAUUCAAUCGAGUUCACUUCCUUCAAGAACAAUGAAAUUGACCAUUGCCUACCUUUUCUCCAUCCUUUACCUUAGUGCAGGAGCACCGACUUACGAUGAACGCAUCAUAGGCGGUGGGAUCGCCUCACCUGGGCAAUUUCCGUACAUCAUUUCAUUGACUGAAAACAAUCGACAUUUCUGCAGUGGCUUCAUUUACAGCGAGAAAUGGGUCGUCACGACAGCGUCGUGCAUCGUCGGAAAAAUUGCGAGUAACCUGAAAGUGAUUACGGGACAGCUGGAUUUCACCACACCUGAUCCUCAUGAAGAAAUCCACCCAGUUUAUCGAAUUGUUCCUUUCAGCGAAUACGAUGCCACCAAUCAGCUCCACGACCUCGCCCUUCUUCAGUUGACGAAUAAUAUCAGUUACGUCACUCCCGAUGGAGUUUACUUCAUCAACUACAACGAAGUUGAUUUGACGAACCCAGAGGCCAUAAUCAUGGGAUGGGGUGCCUAUCAGGAAGGAGGAUUUGAAUCGAUUAGACUUCGCUACGCCACGACAGCUAUCCAAAAUGAAAUGGAUUGCGGGGAUUACACCGGCUCAGACUUCCUAUUGGCAACCAUGAUUUGCACAAACGCCGCAACUACUACCUCAGCCACUGCUGGUGCUCCGUGCCAGUACGACCAAGGAUCGCCUUUGGUCCAAUACAUUAACAGCAAACCGACGGUGGUGGGCGUCAUGUCGAAGAACAGAGGCUGUUCUGUGGAUCAAUCCAGCGUGUACACUCGCUUGUCCGUCUACUACUCCUGGUUUCUGAAGACAGCCGGCCAGCAGGAAUUGGAUAAUACCACCGUCACUACCCCGGAGCCUGGAAUUACCAACACAAAUCCUGUGACAACAGCAGAGUCGGUUGUCACGACAGUUACCGAACCGGCCGUUACAACUGCUGAGACGGAACCGGCCGUUACAACUGGGACGGAACCCGAUGUUACAACUGCUGGGACGGAGCAGGAUUCUAUUUAAGUUAGUUGUGAUGUCAACAUUUAUAUUGCAAAUUAUGAAUUGAAAAGAAUGUUCAUGUUGUAUAAUAAUAUAAAAGGGAAUAUAACACGUAUACCACGCAA